AUGGAUUCAGCACUUCUCGAAAGACUUCUGCAAAGAGAUAGGAUAGAAUCUAGAUUUCAAGAGCUUUUUAUAGAGCCCAAACCUGGUCCUAAUACACAAUCUGAUCGUGAACUGACGAGUAAUGACACUUUGACAAUUACAUUAGCAAGGCUACGAAAGGAGUUGAAGGGGAAAGAAUUACAGAUUGCUAGCUUACGAGAAGUGAUUAAUGUGAAGAAUAAAGAUUCUGAGAAGUUAAACGAUGAGAUUAUCAGUUUAAACAUUGAAAAUAACUUGUUACAAAAAAGGUUUGGAGAGUUGGAAGAAGAACAUAACAAAUUGGUGAAAAGGUGGCUAGAUAAAGUACAGCAGGAUGUUGAAAAACUGAAUGCAAAUUUACAGUGA